AUGAGAGCCGCUCUUCUCCUUUCAAAGCAAGCCUCUGUCCAUAUUCCAAAGGGCUUCAAUUUUCCAGUCCCAAAAGAAAAGAAACUGCCUCAAGUUUCUGAUACCCAUCCAUUAUGGCAGUUCUUUCGAAAUAAAAAUGCACUUUCUCCUCCCGAUGAAGAGACCAAAUUUGGCCGCUCUUGGACGGCUGAAGAACUUCGUUGGAAAUCUUUUGACGACUUACACGGUCUUUGGUAUAAUUGUCUUCGUGAAAGAAACCUCCUGCUGACACAGACAACGGAGAUGAAACGUAUCAGAUUAACCGUUCCCGAUCACUCCAAGGAUCGCGUAAAAACUGUCAAUAAAACAAUGGCUACUAUCAAAUUCGUAUUAUGGGAGCGCGAGCGUGCCUUCCAAGCUGCAAAAGACCUAGAAAAAAAAGCUCCUAAAAAUGUGGAAACCCCCAAUCAAGUCGUUUAG